AUGCUACCCUUUGUGAUUUUCAUUGUGUGCUGUGAACUGAUCAACGCCACGGACAAUCCCACUGAUGUCACAGCAGAGAGUGGACAAGGGGUUGUGAUUCUACCAUGUCGAUGUUCAUACACGAGGACUGUCAUUGCGGUUGUAGAGUGGAGGCGAACUGAUCUGAUGCGUGCUGAAUAUGUGCUUCUGUAUCGUGACGACUUUUUUGUACCAGACUUCCAACACCCAUCCUUCAAGGAGCGAGUGGAUUUACAAGACAGAGGAAUGAACGAGGGAGACCUGUCUUUGGUUCUUCAGAAUGUGACAUUUGGUGAUGCUGGAAUGUACAGCUGUUCUGUUCUGACCACACGAAGAUCUCGUACAAAGCGAGCUGUGGAAACUAUCGCCAUUUUCAAGCUGAUAGUUGUCCCUACAGAUCACACGGGAGGUUCUCCACCCCGUCCGCACGUCAGAUUGAUUCUCGUGGGCAAGACCGGGUCUGGCAAGAGCGCGUCUGGUAACACUAUACUCGGCGAUAGCAACGCUUUCAAGGAGGACAUGUCACCCGAGUCCGUCACCGUUGGCUGUGUGAAGAAAGAGGUGGACAGAGACGACGUCAAAGUCGUUGUGAUCGACACUCCGGGGUUGUUUGACACAACCAAAACACAAUACGAUGUGAAAAGAAAGAUCGAGGAGUGUGUCGAACAGUCGGUACCCGGACCGCACGGAUUCCUUUUGGUAAUCAGCCUAAAGUCUAGGUUCACACAAGAGGAGCGGAGCAGCAUAAAGUGGAUUCGAGACAACUUCGGAGAAGACGCUUUCACGUACACCUUGGUCUUGUUUACACACGGUGACUUGCUAAAGGGUAAAUCGGUGAGAGACUACGUGAAGGAAAGCAAAGAGCUACAAAGAGUGAUAAACCAGUGUGGCGGAAGGUACCACAUGCUGAGCAACACUCAGAGAGUAAACCAAACCCAAGUGGACAUUCUGUUGAGUAAAAUAGAGGAAAUGGUAGAAUUCAACGGAGGUGAGCACUACAGCAACGAUAUGUACAAGGCAGCUCAGAAGAAACUCGAAAGAGACAGGGAGCGUAAGAGGAAAGAGCAAGACCAAAUGCGAAAAGAGCAUGAAGAGAUGAUUAAGACAAGGGAAUGGUGUAGAUUCUUCGGCCUUACAUCUGUGGGAUUAUUUGGAGCAGGAGCAUACUUGUCCUCUUAUGUGCUAAUGGGGAUCGGUGGGGCGCUUGGGUAUUCUCAGUUUAAUUGUUCUGUGGUCAUGUUCGGUUAG